UCUAAUACUAACAAUAGUAUCAAUUUUAUGGAUGAUAAAUUGAUUAUAAAGCAGAAUGAAAGACCAAAAAUUAAAUUUGAUAAUAAACCUUCUAGUUUACAAUUCAAAAAAGCACAAAUUAAUACUAACGAAAGCUCUAUUUCUGAUCAAGAUAGAAUAUUCCAGAAAAGUCAGAUUUAUGUUAGGGAAAAAUUACGUAAAUUUUUGUAUAAAACCAUUAGAAAUGCCUUAAAGCACAACAAAGAUGCCCACCUUUCCAAAUCUGAUAUCAAAAACAUUGCCAUUAAGCCUGAAAAUAUAAAUUCAAAUGUCAAUAACCUUGAUUUUGAUGUAGAAUCUCAAAUUUAUAAAUUAAAUGGAGUAGUCUCAUUAUCUAGUUCAAAGGAAAGUACAACAAAUAGUAAUAUAUCCAAACAAAACAUUAUGCAAACUGAUAUAUUAAAUGAGAUUUCUUCUUCAAACACAAACAUGCCUGAGAACGAUGGUAUUGUUCCAGAACCAGAUAAAGAUGAAGGUGCAUUUACGGAUCAUCAGAAUUCAAAACCUAUCAAUAUCGAUGAUAUGCAAAUAAACGGCAAAGUUUAUGGUAAACUUCCCAAUAAACUGCACACUAUAGAUGAGGAUUUAUUUAACAUUUUUCCCGUACCAAACGAUUCCGUUAAAAAUGGCUUUCUAGAUCGCGAAAAAUUAUAUUCUCGAUUAAAAUGUAUCAUUCCUCCUAGACACAGAUAUGUUCCAACAGUUAAAGUUACCAAUUUUUGUUGUCAUUGCCAAAAACCUAUGUGGAUAGGGCUAAAGUGUAAGAUUUGCAAAAUAAAAUGUCACUCAAAAUGCGCCGAAAAUCUGACUAAGUUUUGCUCUAUAGAAUCUAUCAUGCUCAACAAUACGGACCCCACACGGAACUGGUCGCUAUUCUCUUUUAUAAAUAACAACAGUAUCUUACCCCAUUCCAAUACAAAUAAUAGUAUCCCGAAAAAUUCAUCCUACGUGUUUAUGAAAGAGCUCACUCAGUGUGAUUUAAGAAAAUCGGCUUCCUCAUCGUGCAUUCUACCAUUUUUGCUUGGGCAGCAUCACAACCAGUCUUCAUUCUCCAAGAGGGAGCGUAGGCGAUCUAAGGACGAUAUCGAGGUCAGCUACAAUGAUAUUCCCAUAAAGAGUCCCACACCACUGGAUAUUAAUCGUGUGAUUUGUCCCGAAAUAUCUUCUUCGCUUUCAACGACUUCCUCUCAAAUUUCCUCUUCUCCUCCGCCAUCUUCAACUUUUCCGUCAUCGGCGGCCGUUUAUUCCCUGUACUCUCAAUCACAAUUCAAGGAUAAAAACAAAGCUCCGCCAUCUGUUUCCAUAUUUAAUUACUACACUUCUAGCGAUAAUUGUAAUCAGACUUCAGUCAACUAUCCGGAAACACCUAGCGAUUAUUACAAUUUCUCGCCUACUUCCUUAGCACUCAAGACCACUUCAACCAAAGCUUUCAAAGAUCAAUUUGAUCUUCUAAACACAAGCGUGAUUAGCCAAGAAUCUUCCUUAGAAGAACGGCUCCUUUCUCCUCAAAGCGGAAAUACUAGCGGAGAAAACGGUUACAUUAAAGAUAAAGAUAGAAAAAUUAAAAAUCUCAAACAUCAUUGGACGAAAUCUUUUCCAAGUUCAUUGAAAGAGUGGAACAUCCCUUUUGAUCAGAUCGAAAUAGGCGAACCAAUAGGAACUGGUUGGCAGGCCAAAGUAUAUAGAGGAUAUUGGCACGGAAAAGUCGCGAUCAAAAUACUCAACGUCGACGAAUCGUAUCUCGACCUUUCCCCCUCUAAAAAAUCGAUCAUAAAUAAAUCCGAAGAAGAAUCUAAUGACGUCUCAGACUUUAAAAAAGAUACUAACCUAUCAAAUGCUACGAAGAAUACUAAUAAUAAAGACGAAAAUACUUUAGAAAAUUUAUCUUAUAAGUUUGGAGAUAACAUAAAUGGUGCCAGCCCCCAUAUACCCAGAAAUCCGGAGUAUGAUUAUAAAAAUUCCGAAAAUUCACGUGUCCAUAAAAACAUAUUUCACCAGAAACUGUCAGAUCAUCUAAAAGAAAAUGGAAUUAAAUUCGACAAUAAACCGGUCGUAGAUCUCGAAAAAAUGCUAAUGUAUCGCAAGUAUUUGGAGUCCUUCCGACACGAGAUCAGUGUUCUGAGAAAGACUAGACAUCAAAAUUUGGUGUUAUUUAUGGGGGCUUGUAUCAAGCCACCUAUAUUUGCUAUAAUCACUAGCUUAUGUAAAGGAAUAUCUCUUUAUAAGCACAUUCACGCUUAUGGCAACAAAUUUACGUUGGAAAAAAUUAUUUAUAUAGCCACACAAAUUUCUCAGGGUAUGGGUUACCUCCAUGCUAAAGGAAUUAUUCAUAAGGACCUCAGAAGUAAAAACGUUUUCCUGGAAAGUGGUAGAGUCGUUAUAUCAGAUUUUGGUAUAUUUUGCGUUGCAAAACUAUGUGAUACCGGCAAAAAGCGGUCAAAUUAUCUUUCAAUUCCUCACGGAUGGCUUUACUACUUAGCCCCCGAGUUGAUAAGAAGCUUGAGAGUUGCCACUUCGCUACAUGACGAUGACAUUCAUUUACCAUUCACAUUUGCGUCCGAUGUUUUUUCCUAUGGCACAAUCUUAUACGAGCUAGUGACCGGUAAUUGGCCUUUUUCGGAUCAAACCUCCGAAAGCCUUAUAUGGCAACUUGGCACAGGUUUACUUGCGCCUUUCAUUGCGACUACAUCUUACUCAUCUAAUCAGCUUAAACCCGUCCGAGCAUUAACUUACAAUCAUUGCUGGUCGUUUCAACCUCAGUUAAGACUUUCAUUUGGUCAAAUUAGCAAAAUUCUCGAAGGUUCUAAACAAGCGGAUCCCCACUCUCAAACUCCUAUCCUUGGUAAUGUAACUUCUAACGUUAAUCAUAAUAAUACUACUGGCAUGAAAACCCAAAAUCUAUCAUAUUACCAUUCCAUGCAUUGUAAUAAUAAUAAUAACAGUAUGAAUGGUAACACCGGAAAUUUUAACGGGAAUGGGCUUAUUAAGUUUAAUCAUCAGCAUUUAAGUCCUUUUUUUACUAAUUACUCGCUGCAUCAUACCCCUUAUAGAUCUCUAGAAUCAAUUUUUUAAAAACUUUGGUAACCCUUCUAUAAUAAAAAAUGCAAAUAUUAAAAAAAAUUAG